UGAUCAUUCAAAUGUUCAUUCAUAAAAUAAUGUUAAAUAAAGCGUUUUGAUAAUGCAUUUGUAAAAAUUGGUUUUGUUAUAGGAAACAAAUUACGGUUUUAAUUUAUAUCGUUUUGUAAAUAACUUUGUGAAUAUAAUAAUUCGUAAUAAUAGUAUAAUAGUAAUCAAAUGAGCGCUGGAGUAUGUAAAAAUAAAUUGUUAACAUUUAUUUGUUCUGUGGUAUAAACUGUAGGGUACUUGAUUAUAAAAUUGCAUUUACUUAGUCUAUACACGUUCAAAUUGCGCAUUUGACCUUCGAGAAAUACAAUUCAACUGAUAUAGUACGUAUAUAUACUCGAAUAAAAUGAAGUCGCAAGGACCUCUUUCUUGGUACAUUCAAUACAUAGGCAUACCGGUAUCGGUCGGUUUUGCUAUGUUUCGAUUAUUUAAUAGAUUUACAGAACAAAAAAGACAAGCUGCGUUACAGGGAAAGGUUGUAGUUAUAACUGGGGCCAGCUCUGGUAUUGGAGAGGCUCUUGCACAUUCUUUCCAUAAUUAUGGCUGUAAAGUAGUUUUAGCUUCAAGGAGAAAAUCAGAAUUGGAACGAGUUAAACAGGAUUUAAUUGCAAAAAAUAUUGCAGGCCCAAGGCAGGAACCUGUGGUCAUUGAAUUAGACUUGGCUGAUAUCACUCAGUUAGAACAGUUUGUAGAAAAAGUUCAUGAAGUUUGUGGAAAAAUUGAUAUACUUAUAAAUAAUGGUGGCAUUUCCCAUCGGGGUUCUGUUAUUCAUACUAAAAUGGAUGUAUAUUGUAAAAUUAUGGACAUUAAUUACUUUGGUGCAGUAGGACUCACAUUGGCUGCUUUGCCAAAAAUGAUGGAAAGGAAAUGUGGUCACAUUGUGUUUGUUAGUUCAGUUCAAGGACUCAUGGCUAUACCGGACCGUUCAGCAUAUGCUGCAUCUAAGCAUGCAAUGCAAGCAUUUGGAGAUUCAUUGCGUGCUGAAAUGCAUCAGCACAAUAUUAAUGUAUCUGUAUUGAGUCCAGGCUAUGUAAAAACAGCAGUCUCCUUAAAUGCACUCACUGGAAGUGGAGAUACACAUGGUGUUAUGGAUAAAAGUACUGCUAAUGGGUUUACAGCUGAAUAUGUUGCUAUGAAGACUGUGGAUAUGAUAGUAAAUAAUGAAAAUGAACUAAUAGUCAGCCAGUUUCUGCCAAGAUUAGCAAUAUUUUUGAGACAUGCCAUACCAUCCUUAUACUUUUGGAUUAUGGCUAAGAGAGCCGUCAAAACAUAAUAUGAUGUCAAGUAAUAUAGUUUUUAUUGUUUUGUUCAAAUUAAAUUUAUAUGACUAUAAUUUAUUUUAAAUUUAUAUAGGCAGUAAUUUUAAGUAAAAUCUUUCAUAUGGGGCUUUAAAAAAUAAAAUGUGAUUAAUUAAUAUUUUUUUAUUAUAGUAUGUUCUACUACAGCUGAAACUAACCCUACAACAUUACAAAAGAAUCAACAA